CUGCAGCAGCUCGCCGACGAUCUGCCCAGCCGGCUGGCGCUGGGCGACCUGGUCCCCACGCUGCUCGACGUCCUCUCGACGACGCCCGAUCCCGACGCGGCGCUCGUCGGAUUCUGCCGCUACGUCGCGGCGCGCACGCCCCAAGGCCGCGUUCGUUCGCGAGUGCAAGCCGAUCCGCGCCUGCUCGACAUCCUGCUGCAGAUCCUCGGCACCUCGCCGUUCCUGAGCGAGAUCCUGAUCCGCAAUCCCGAGUACCUCUACUGGCUGCGGCAACGGCUCGACGCGCCCCCGCCCGACCGCGUCGACCACGACACCGAGCUGGACCGUCUGCUGGACAACGCGCAGGGCGUCGAGCAGCAGGUGAACGUGCUGAAGCGCUUCCAGCGGCGGGAGAUGCUGGGCGUGGCGGCGCGCGAUCUGUUCCGGAUGCUGAACCGGGAGUCGCUGACGACGACCACCACGCAGUUGUCCAACCUGGCCGACACGAUCGUCGACCGCACCCUGCGCAUCGCGGCGGCGGAGGCCACCGUCAAGCUGGGUCCGCUCCCCGGACGGUUCGCCGUCAUCGGCAUGGGCAAGCUCGGCGGCGGCGACCUCAACUACAGCUCCGACAUCGACCUGAUCUACGUCUACGACGCCUCCGACGAGGAAGCCGGCGCGGCCCAUGGACGCUACCAGAAGCUGGGGCGGCGUCUCACCAGCCUGCUGUCCGACCACACCGCCGAGGGCUAUCUCUACCGCGUCGACAUGCGCCUGCGGCCGAUGGGCCAGGGCGGCAAUCUCGACGUUCGAGCGGUUCGCGCUCCUCAAGGCGCGGGCCAUCGCGGCGACCUGGACCUCGGACGGCGGUUCGUCGACAUGGUCACGCCGUUCGUCUACCGCAAGUACCUCGAUCACGCCGCCAUCGAGGAGCUCGCGCGCUACAAGGCGCGGGCCGACAGGGAACAUGCCCGCCAUGGGGACCUCGACGUCAACAUCAAGGAGGGCCGCGGCGGCAUCCGCGAGGUGGAGCUGUUCGCGCAGGUGUUCCAGUUGAUCUACGGCGGCGACCGGCCAACCCUGCGGACCGGCCACACGCUGACCGCCCUGGACCAGCUCGGCGCCCUCGACUUCAUCGAGACCGACGUCCAGGAAGAUCUCUCGACCGCCUACAUUUUCCUGCGCAACAUCGAGCACGGGCUGCAGGCGGCCGAGGGCCAGCAGACGCACAGCCUCUCGGCCAGCGCGCGCGGCCUGCGGGCGCUGGCGCGGCGGCUCGGUUUCGACGAGAUCGAGACGCUCACCGCCGUGCUCGACCGCCACCGGGAUCGCGUGCACGCCAUCUACGCCAACCUGUUCACGACGAGACGGGCGAGGAAGGGCUGGCCGGGCGCGAGCUGUUCCGCCUGCUGGCCGGCGAGAUCGACGACGACGAGCAGGGACGCGCACGGCUCGCGGAGGCCGGCGCGUGGAGAACCCGGACGGGGCGCUGCAGGCGAUCAAGGCGCUGGACGCGGCGCCGUCGCAGGGCCGGUCGUCCUCGCGCAAUCUCCUGGCGAACCUGCUGGCGUCCUGAUCCGCCUCGAGAAGGCCGUCGCCCGUGCCGGGGCGCCCGCCGCGCUGUAUCGCACGCUGCUCGAGGACGACGAGCUGCGGCGCCGACUGCUGAUCGGCCUCGACGCCGGCGACCUGUUCGCCGCGCGGCUCGCCGCCUACCCCGAGCUGCUCGAUUUCCUGACCGCCGUGGAUCUGGAUCGGGAUGCCUUUCGCGCCGCGGUCGUUGCGCCUUCGACGAGGUGA